ACGUGGAGAAAUUGCCACGAGAUUGCUUACGUCAAAACCUAUGACUGGAAAAAAAGCAGAAAAUGCGUCGACACGUAGAGUCGAGCACAGACAAUCGAAACCCGGACGUGUCUGCGGGGAAUUAACCGGAGUUGAUAAACCGACGAUACGUCCGGCAAUAUGGUAGUUUCUCCUCCCUGCUGGUUCCUGGGGUCAAAUGAAAGCACACAUUUCAUACCAUUGUUGGUGUGUGUUUGUGUGUGAUAGAGAGAGAGGCGGCGGAGAAGUAGAGUCAUCAUUUUGGUCUCCCCAAAACCCUAACUGCGCUCACCGCCAGAAACUCGACAGUUUUGCGGGAGAGUUGCUGCCGGCUGAACAUUUUGAUUGAUCAUUUGGUGAUUCUCCUGAGAAGUGACCGUGGCGGAGGUAAUCCUAUCAAGGGGUUAAGAGGAUGGACUUGGUGGCUAGUUGCAAGGAAAAAUUAACAUAUUUUCGCAUAAAAGAGCUCAAGGACGUUCUUAACCAGUUAGGGCUUUCAAAGCAGGGAAAGAAACAGGACCUCGUUGAUCGAAUAUUGACUAUUCUCUCUGAUGAGCAAGUCUCAGGAAUGUGGGCCAAGAAAAAUUCCAUUGGGAAGGAGGGAGUGGCAAAGCUAGUUGAUGACACUUACAGAAAAAUGCAGGUUUCUGGGUCAACUGAGUUAGCUUCAAAAUCAGAAGCUGUUUCGGAUAAUUCAAAUGUGAAACUUAAAGAGGAGAGAGAAGAUUCUUACCAGGCGGAGAAGAUACGCUGCCUCUGUGGAAGCACGCUACCCACUGAUUCCAUGAUUAAGUGUGAAGAUCCCAGGUGUAAUGUCUGGCAGCAUAUGACAUGUGUGCUGAUUCCUGAGAAACCCAUGGAUGGUGAUUUACCAAAUCCUCCAGAUAUCUUCUUCUGUGAAAUUUGCAGAUUGAAUCGAGCUGACCCCUUCUGGCUGACAGUUGCACAUCCCCUACUCCCGGUGAAGUUGAACAUCACUAAUGUUCCUACAGAUGGCUCUAAUCCUAGUCAGAGCGUUGAAAGAACAUUUCAACUCCUAAGGUCAGACAGAGACAUGUUGUCAAAACAAGAAUAUGAUAUUCAGGCAUGGUGCAUGCUUCUUAAUGACAAGGUGACAUUUAGGAUGCAGUGGCCACUGUAUGCAGAUCUGCAGAUCAAUGGUGUACCAGUGAGGGCAAUAAACAGACCUGGCUCUCAGCAGUUGGGAGCAAAUGGCCGAGAUGAUGGACCUGUUAUUACACCAUGGACAAGAGAUGGAAUUAACAAGAUCUUCGUAAGCGGAUGCGAUGCUCGCAUAUUCUGUGUAGGAGUUAGAAUUGUCAAGAAGCGGACACUGCAGCAGGUUCUCAACAUGAUUCCUGGCGAGGCUGAAGGAGAGUGUUUUGAAGAUGCACUGACUCGUGUCCGUAGAUGUGUUGGUGGUGGGACUGCCACAGAAAAUGCUGACAGUGACAGUGAUAUUGAAGUUGUUGCUGAUUCAAUUCCUGUCAAUCUUCGCUGCCCUAUGAGCGGUUUAAGAAUGAAGGUAGCUGGAAGAUUCAAACCCUGUGCCCACAUGGGCUGUUUUGAUCUUGAAGUGUUUGUGGAAAUGAACCAGCGCUCAAGGAAGUGGCAAUGUCCUAUAUGUUUGAAGAAUUAUUCUUUGGAGAAAAUCAUCAUAGAUGCCUAUUUCAAUCGGAUCACAUUUAAGAUGCAAAAUUGCGGAGAAGAUGUGGCAGAGAUUGAGGUGAAGCCUGAUGGCUCCUGGCGUGUAAAGGCAGAGAGUGAUCGUAAGGGUCUUGGGGAGCUUGGCCUGUGGCAUUCGCCUAACGGAACCAUCUGUGCAUCCACGGAUACAGAACCAAAACAGAAAAUGGAACUUAGACCAGUUAAACCCGAAGUUGGUUCAGAUAGUAAUGCAGGUCUUCGAUUAGGGAUGAAAAAAAACCCUAAAGGUUGCUGGGAGUUUAAUAAAUCAGAUGAUAUGCCGGGAAUCAUACCUGGAUAUAGGUUCGAAGAAAAUUUUGAGAACAAUGGCCAAAAUAUAAUUCCCAUGAGCAGCAGUGCUACUGGCAGUGGCAAAGAUUGUGAAGAUGCUAGUGUCAACCAGGAUGGUGGGGGAACCCUUGAUUUUUCUAUGGUGAAUGGUAUUGAAUAUGAGUCAAUUUCCAUGAACAUUGAUCCAACACAUGGGUUUAAUGACCCAAUAGCUUCUGCACCUAUGGUGGAUGCUGAAGUAAUCAUCCUCAGUGAUUCUGAGGAAGAAAUUGAACCACUGGACCACAUUAACACUGGACCAGAAAAUGGUGAAGUUCAAUUUCCAUCAGCACAGCAUGGAAUUCCUGAUUCUUACUACGAAAACCCUGCUCUAGGUAAUGGUGGAAGUCCCAGUCUUGGGCUUUACAGUGCUAAUGACGAUGACUUCGGGAUUAAUAUGUGGUCACUGCCUUCAAGUAGUCAAGGAGGUCCUGGAUUUCAGUUGUUUGGUUCUGACUUAGAUGUUUCUGAAGCCUUAGUCGAAAUGCAGCAUGGUCCUCUUAAUUGUUCGUCAUCUGUAAAUGGCUAUACAUUGGCUACAGAGACUGCCAUGGGAUCUGCUGCUCUUGUUGCCGACUCUGCUGCUCAGUGCUCUAAUACUAAUAAUGAUUUAGUAGACAAUCCCUUGGCAUUUAGUGGCAAUGACCCCUCUCUUCAAAUAUUUCUGCCCACAAGACCAUCUGAGGCAUCUGUGGGGCAGUCUGAUUCAAGAGACCAUCCAGAGGUUUCAAACGGUGUUCCUACAGAGGACUGGAUUUCUCUCAGGCUUGGGGAUGGUGCUGGAGUGGGCCAAGCUGGAUCUGCAGCAGGGAAUGGUUUGAAUUCAGGGCAGCAUUUGCAGUCAAAGGAUGCUACUUUAGAUCCAUUAGCUGAUAAUGCACCUCUGUUGCUUGGAAUGAAGGACAACGGGUCUGGUAAGACCAAUAGGGAAAGAUCAGGUAGCCCCUUUUCAUUUCCUCGUCAAAAACGUUCUGUAAGACCAAGGUUGUAUCUGUCUAUUGAUACUGAGUCAGAAUAAAGCUGUUCCAGGCUCGUCUGGUCGAAGUAUUUUUGGAAAGGGUUGGUAUAUCAUUGUUUGUAUGUUCAGCUACAUAUGCCCAUUGAAGGAGUAGCUAGCUACCUAUAAGCGCAGUACUACAUUUUGGAAAGGCCCUUGUGGUACCUUAUGGUGAGCUCUGCCCAAUGGGGUUGCCUUGCAUUGACCCACGAACUCUGCCGGAGUUUUAAGAGUUGAUUCGUGUUGAUGCCUGGUAUUUUUCUUCAUCCGGGAACAGGUGGAGGUGGAGCUUCAUCUGUCAAGAUUAUAUACAUCUGACUGCUUACAGUUUCAGUAAUGUUGAGGAAGUCUAUUUAUUUUUGGUUCUAGUAAUAGAGGGUGAAGGCUUAGGUUAGGACGUCUAUUCUCUUAACAAGAGUAGCCUGUAUAUCUCAUGUCAAAAUUCAUUAGUUCUAUAGGAGUACAGUCAGCUAGCAAAUUUUACCCCCCCUUGUAAUCAUCAAAUGAUUUGUAUGUGUAUUAUAAUGGCUCUUUUUCUUAA